AUGGCUGCCAUUUCAGAAUCUAUGACAGCAGAUUAUUCACACCAUCGCGAACAACUUAUCGAGCGUCUGGACACGCUGAGAAACAACGAACGUUUCUGUGAUGUAAUAGUCGAAGUAAAAGGUAAAGAGUUCAAAGCUCAUAAAGCUGUUCUAGCUGCAGUGAGCCCGUUCUUUCUUACACUUCUGGAAAGUAACAUGAGAGAAAGCAACGAACACUUGAUCAAGAUAGAGCUUGAAGAAGCAACUGCGUCCAUCAUAGAAGAUGUACUAAAGUACGUUUACACUGGAAAUGUUUCAGUCACCGAAGAAAGUGCUCACAAUCUGGUUGCAACCGCAGAUUAUCUCCUUUUACCUGGCUUAAAAACGUUAGCUUGUGAUUUCUUGAAAGAUAUUUUGGCAACUGAAAACUGUGUUUUUAACUAUUACUUUGCUGAAAAGUAUCGAUGCGUAAGUCUAAAGGAAAAAUGCCUGGAGCUUAUCAUGUCAAAUUUUAGUGCUGUUAUGGAAACUGAUGAUUUCCUUAAUCUUGAUGCAAAGCAAAUCAUGGAAUGGGUGUCCAGUGAUGACAUCAUCAUCAAAACAGAGGAAGAUGUUUUCAAAGGAGUCGUGAAGUGGGUUCAUCAUAACAAAAUUGAAAGGGAAAAAGAAUUUUCUGUUUUGUUGCAUCAAGUCCGCCUUAAUUCUCUCCAGCAAGAUUAUCUGGUCAAUGAAAUGGUGAAAGAGGAGCUCAUAACAACUAACAAUGAGUGUUUAAACUUUGUUUUGGGAUCCUUGAAGUGGAUUUUUAACCCCAGAGUUGAAAGUAGUAGCAGACCCAGAACAUGUCUGCAAACACAGAUGAAUGGUAUUUUUGUUUGUGGUGGAAGGAAAGCCCUGAGUUACUUUCCCAACAAAAACAUUUGGUAUCAGUUACCAAACAUGUUCAUGGAACAUCAGAAUCAUGCUGCCAUACAGUACCAAGGUAAAGUUUACACUUUUAGUAAACAAGACGGUGCAGAUUAUUACAUCCCUUCAACCAACACUUGGGGUGCAAUUAAAUCAGACUCUCCACUUUUCGUUGAGAAAUUUUGCAGCUCAUUUAUACUGAAAGAGAGAAAGACUUUGUAUGCUGUAUUACAGACCUUCACAUUUGAUUGUUUCAUUUGUUAUUUUGAUCCUUCCAAGAGUGAAUGGAGAUAUUUUGUUGGACAUGAAAAGCUUCAGUGCUGGGGAGCCUGUGGUGUGACUGAUGGGCAACACCUCUAUGUAAUAGGUGGAACUAAAAGCAACAUUCAUAAGGUUGUUGGAUCAGCCAAAGUAUUGAAGAUUGAUCCUGAGGACAGUGAAUGUAAGGAGGUUGCAUCUAUGAAUGAGGCAAGGCAUAAUGCAUUUGGAACAGCCAUGAAUGGCAAAAUCUAUAUAGCAGGUGGAAUGCAAACUGAUGAAGAAAUUUGCAGAGUUCUUGUCAAUGACACAUGUGAGAUGUAUGACCCAUCAACCAAUGAGUGGCAAAUGAUGCCGAGUCUUAAUAUACCACGCCACUCUUCAAGCAUGGUCUGCUUUCAGGAAUCACUGUAUGUUGUAGGUGGGUUGAGAAAUAAGAACAAACAUUCAAGAGAGUUAUCAGUGGAGGUGUUUGAUUUUAAGACAAAUGUUUGGGAGAAGAAAUCAACCAUACCAGUUGAUGAUGAAAAUGAGGAGGAAAGAAAGAAAAACUGGCAUUACAAAGCCUGUUCUGCAGCAAUGCAUAGAGAUGCAUUAGAAGAGCCUAUUGAGUGUUAAUCUCAUAAAAACCAUUCAAGGCCUCACAGUGUUUUUUUCUUGCUGUAGUAAUACUUCUUUCAUGGUGUCUUUGUGGUCCACAGAGAGAUUGAUUGAUUCGAUUUUAUUUGAAUGUGGCAAUUUCGUAAACAAGUUAUUUUUACAAAAUUGCAUUGAAUGAAAGCUGUAUUGAAAAGGAGGAAAAUACUGUAUUAACUACAAGCCAAAAAUAUGUACAGAUGGUGUUGCAUUAGCAAGUUUGGGGAGCUGCUGAAAAAGACAUGUAGGAAUUAUAGCUUUGUGUUCAUUUAAUUAGUGUUUGUAUUUAGAUGUAAGAUUUCUGUUUGUGUUCCUGAAAGCUUUCAGUGUAACCAAUAUACCCUGCAUCACAUAUCCUACAUUGAUAAUUUUAGAAUUUUCAGCAUAACCAGUGUAGCAUUUUCAAAUUUGACUGCCUCAUUAGAGAGAUGCUCUAUAUUCGCAAGCUUCAACCCACCCUCGGGGCUAAAAAAAAGUUAAUUCCAGCUCUUACAUUUUGCUUGCCUCAGGGGCCUUGUCUUGCUUGUCUUAGCUAAUGAUUUUUUCAAAGGAAGACUUGUGUGAACCCUUGUCUAUUGGGUAAGUAGGGCCCAGUUCAGAUGUCGCUCCAGUCAUGUACUUACCGGUAACCUAACUAAUGAAUUAAGUACGGCAAAAGAAUGGCGUCUGAAUCAAUUUGGUAAGGCAGUUUUAGUUUGGUGCGGCAAAAGCGCAAACUAGAUUGUACAAUGUACCAGACUGGACUUCUUUAGAGCCCCGACCAUGAACAUGCAAACUAACUCUGUAAAUGCUAAGGUGUUUGUUUAGUGCUUCUGUUGUUAUGCUGCAUUCAUAUGCAUCACAUAAUUUGUUUCUUAGUCUUAGGAAUGUGGUCAUAACUGAUGAUGUCAAAAUGUUGUGUUUUUUACUCUUAUUAUUCCACAUUCUUGCUUUUUAUUUUAACAUUGAACAGGGGCAGGGUGAUUCAGCCUUUUUGCAAGCGGUUUCCAGCUUGUCUGAAAUUAGACACUUAUGAGGUAGCCCAUGCACUUUUGGGGUAACUUUUUCUCCUUUUUCGGAAAUUACUUGAAAAUGGUAAUCACUAGCUGUGUACUAGCAGUUGAAGACAAUAUGGCCAGCUUGAUAACUUAAGACACAAGAUGUAGCCUAGUAGUGUUAUGAUAUAUACUGGACUAAGAUAUCUUGUAGAGUUUUAUGCUUUUAUGUGUCUUUAAAACCAUUAAGUAGCAACAGUAUCAUUGUGAAAUUUGAAAACUCUGUCUGUCAUUAAAAAAUAAAGGGUGAUGGGAGUUCCAGAAGUCCUUAAUCUCUUCCCUGGAUAUACUCGUAAUUAAAAAUUGUAGAUAUAAAAGAAACUUAGUCUCCUUUUUGAACUCAGUUAGGAGUGAUUUCCAGUUCCUUGCUUGCACGUUUUGGGAGGCUUUUCUUCCAAAAGGGGCUCUGGUUUGGAAAGGGUCAAAGAGUGCAUUUGUUGAUAAGUUUAUGUUCUGGAGCUCAGCCCUACUUAUUCUUUAAAAACCUUGUAUAAAUUGCUUUGGACAUUUUUGGUUGCUUAAAAUCUUGAAAAUAUAUAUAAAUGUAAUGCUCAAAUUGUUACGUGUUAACACAUGUUCACUCCAUGUCCUUAGCCUGCAAGCAGGCUCUCCAUUUUGAAUGGCAACCAGCCAGGUGUUUAACCAACUUUGAGCUAAAGGGAUUCAAUGAUUGUUGGAGAAAUUCAAAACAAGCAAAAAAUUGGCAGUGAACUGUGAUUCCCUUUUCCUAACAUUGAAAAAAGUGGUGUCAGUAAAACAUGGGGUCAGAUUGCUGUUUUAGGGUUGUAUGUUAGGGGUAGUGUUUACCAAGCCAAAAGGGGAGCCGCCAUAUCUGUAUUCCAGGUUCUGGAUUCUUUGUCAGUGAAAUUUGGAUUCCUGAUUCCAGUCUCUAGCGGGAUUCCAACUUCCAUAUGAUGUAUUCCAGAAUCCAAAGCCCAGGAUUCUGGAUUCCACAGCAAAAAUUGGCUGGAUUCCGUAAUCCACAAGCCAAAUUUGCCGGAUUAACUAAUCCAAAUUCCCUUUUAUGGGGUGAAGGGGGGCUUAAAACUCAAGAGAUUAUUGCUUCAAUUUUUCUUCAUUUUAGUCUUCUUUACCUAAAUACCUGCAAAUUACACGUACACUUUUGUAGAAACCUGCUUAGAAAUAAAUUGGGAAGAUACAAAUUCUUAAUUGAUCCUGCUUGCAGGAAUUUACUGUUUUCUGGAUCCUGCAAAGGGUCUUGCCAGUAACCCAUGGGUUCGUGCUCUUGCUGAAAACAAUCGCUCACAGACUAGUCACUAUUCUUGUUCUUGCCUGAUUCUUGUUAUUUUUACGCGUUCCUGAUCUACGCAAAAACAUGGGCUUCUUUGCAGUCUAGACGAUUAUCCCAAUACUUCCGCCUUCCGCAGAUUAGCCCAAUCCCUUCUCAAACAUUCCUGCAAACGAGGCUGUUCUAGAUCUCCUCCUUUCAAACAUGGCGGCCGUCUCGGAAGGGGUUUCUGAACCGAUGACUGCAGAUCAUUCACAGCACUGCUUACAACUUACCGAUCGUCUUGAGAUCCUGAGAAACAACGAACGUUUCUGUGAUGUGAUAGUCGAAGUAAAAGGCAAAGAGUUCAAAGUUCACAAAGCUGUUAUAGCUGCAUCAAGCCCGUUCUUUCUAACGCUUCUAGAAAGUAACAUGAGAGAAAGCAACGAACAUUUGAUCAAGGUAGAACUUGAGGAAGCAACUGCGUUUAUCAUGGAAGACGUGUUAAAGUACGUUUACACUGGAAAUGUUUCAGUCACCGAGGAAAGUGCUCACAAUCUGAUUGCAACAGCCGAUUAUCUUCUUUUACCAGGCUUAAAAUCGUUGGCUUGUGAUUUCCUGAAAGGGAUCUUGGCAACAGAGAAUUGUGUUUUUAAUUAUUACUUUGCUGAAAGAUAUCAGUGCAUGAAUCUAAUGGAGGAAUGCCGAGAGCUCAUAAAAUCGAAUUUCAGUGCUGUCAUGGAGACUGAUGACUUUCUAAACCUUGAUGUAAGGCAUGUUAGUAAAUGGGUGUCCAGUGAUGACAUCACUGUGAAAGCAGAAGAAGAAGUUUUCAAAGGAAUCGUCAAGUGGGUUAAUCACAACAAAAGUGAAAGAGAAAAAGAAUUUCCUUACUUGUUGCAUCAAGUCCGCCUUAAUUCUGUUCACCAAGAUUAUCUGGUCAAUGAAUUGGUAAAAGAGGAACUUAUAACAACUAACAAUGAAUGUCUCAACUUUGUGUUGGGUUUUUUGAAGUGGAUUUUGGACCCAACUCUUCAAUGUAGCAUCAAACCUAGAACGUGUUUGCAAACACAGAAGAAUGGUAUUUUUGUUUGUGGUGGAAAUAAAGCCUUGUUUUACCUUCCCAAUGAAAACAUUUGGUACCAGUUAUCAGACUUGAUGGAAUAUCAGAAUCAUGCUGCAAUACAGUGCCGAGAUAAAGUUUAUAUGUUCAGUAACCAAGGUGGUGGAGAUUAUUACAUGCCUUCAACCAACACUUGGGGUGCAGUUCAAUCAGAGUUAAAAUUUUCUGGUGAGAAAUUGUGCAGCUUGUUAACAUUGGAUAAAUACAAAAUUUUGUAUGCUGUGUUGGAGAGGUCGACUGAAAGCUGUGCCGUGUAUCAAUAUGAUCCUGCCAAGAGUGAAUGGAAAAAUUUUGUUAAAAAUGAAAAGCUUCAGUUCUGGGGAGCUUGUGGUGUGACUGAUGGGUGUCACCUUUAUGUAAUAGGCGGAAAUGAAAGUGACACUUGGUUCGCCCUUGGAUCAACCAAAGUAGUAAGGAUUGAUCCUGAGGACGGCAAUUGUGAAGAGGUUGCAUCCAUGAAUGAGGCAAGGCAUGGGGCAUUUGGAGCAGCGAUGAAUGGUAAAAUCUAUGUGGGAGGUGGAAGACGGAGAUCUACCACCCUCAAGACAUGUGAGAUGUAUGACCCAUUAACUGACGAGUGGCAGGUGAUGCCAAGUCUUAAUGUACCACGUCACUCUUCAAGCAUGGUCUGCUAUGAGGAAGCUCUUUAUGUUGUAGGUGGAAUAAAAAUGAAGGGUAGACAGCAGUGUAGACAGUUAUCUGUGGAAAUGUUUGAUUUUAAGACAAAUGAAUGGAAGAAGAAAUCAAUGAUACCAGUUGCUGAUGAAAUUGAAGAGGAAAGAAAGCAAAAAUGGCAUUACAAAGCCUGUUCUGCAGCAGCACAUAAAGAUGCAUUACAAGAGCCUAUUGAGUGCUAA